UUAACUCCAGGUUUUUGAUUGGAGCAUUCGAAAUGCAAUCGUUGUAUGGUAAAUUUCGGCUGGUCGCGAAACAAACCAUCAACUCGCUGAAAAAUAUUGAGCUGAGCAAAGUCGCGUCUGUUGAAUCGAGAUAUUCGGGAUGCUCGAUGAAUCGGUGUUUGGGUUUCAAUUCUGAGCGGUCAUCAUUUCUUUUGAAUAAACAAUUUGGCGCUAAAGUUGUCAAACCAGCAUCCUCUGAAAGUUGUAGUAUAGCUUCAAUGUUGCCAUCUUACAGAGUCCUAAGCUCUGGAAGUCAGUCAGCUUCUUCAGCAUUCAAGUUUCCAACUAGGAAUUUUUCAACUUCGGGAUCUACUCCUGAGAAUGUUUCUGCUGCUUUUGAACUGCCUCCACGCAUUAAGUUUAAGAGGCUCGAUAAAACUGCAAGACAUAUAAUGCAGAUAAUUGAUAAAGAAGUAGUUGAGGAAGUUAAAUCAAGCAGAGAGAUACCAGAGAUCAAGCCUGGUUACAUCAUCCAGCUGAAAGUGGUAGUACCAGAGAAUAAGAGGCGUGUUUCAAUUAUAAAAGGCAUUGUUAUAGCUAUGUACAAUGCUGGUUUAAAUACUACUUUCAGAAUUAGAAGGCUUGUAGGAGGUGUUGGUAUUGAAAAUCUCUUCCCUCUGUAUUCUCCAAACAUAAAGGAGAUAACAGUGUUGGACAAGAAGAGAGUGAGGAGGGCCAAGCUUUAUUAUCUUAGAGAUAGAAUGAAUCCACUUAGGAAGAAUUAAAGAUGAGGAUUAUGGAAUCACCUCCAACAUUAGUGCCAAACUUGUGUAGUUGUCAUUCAUUAUCUUGAGUGUUUCAACAUGAUCUUUCAUACAUUUCCGAUUUUGCACAUAAACUUAAAAUUCUACCUUUAAAUACACGAAAUUUGAUUUCUUUUUUA